AAACCACCGCAAAAUACGGAGAGUGUCCUCAGUGACCAGAAGAGAGAAGGAUGCGACACCGAGGAUGUGGACAAGUGGGUGAAGAAUUUGUCUGAAAGACACCUCACCCAAACAGAGAAAAACUUCCUUGCUAAAGGGUUGAAUUUUGCUGUCACACCGAGACAAAUCCCGCUAGUGGAGCUGAUCACAGCCACAGAAACAGCAAUUCGUAAGAACAAUAUUGCAGAAGUGGAAGCAGAGCAACUACGGAUGAAAGUUUUGGCCUGUCUCAGCAAUGCAAAGCCUCCAGCAUCCAACAUCACCAUGGAGGAGAGGAAGGCACUCACAUCACUUAGUGAUGACAACAACAUUAUCAUCCUUUCGGCAGACAAGGGUAGGUGCACAGUAUUGCUAAACCAGAAAGACUGUCAUGAGAAAAUUUUGUCACUACUCAGUGAUGAAAAUACUUAUGAGCCCCUGAAACGAGACCCAGGAAGUGGCUACAGGAAGAGGGUGAUAGACUGUCUGAAGCAGUUAGAACAAGACAAGGCUAUUGACCGGACCUCAUACCACAGGCUGUACCCAGGGGAAUCUACACCAAGUCUUUAUGGUUUACCAAAAAUACAUAAACAGGGUGCACUUUUAAGACCGAUUGUCUGCAUGAUCAACUUGGUCACGUAUAACAGCUCCAAGUUUCUGUCUUCGAUCCUCAACCCGCUGGUGGGCAGCUCUGAACACCACAUCCAGAACACCCUGGAUUUUGUUGAGAAGGUGAGAGAUGUCAUUAUGGAGGCAGAUGAAACCAUGGUCUUGUACGACUUUACAUCUCUCUUCACUUGCAUCCCAAUCACGAAAGCGUUGGAGGUAGUUCAUAAGAGAUUACAGGAUGACACCAACCUCAGCAACAGGACCACUAUGAGGAAGCAGUACUUCAGCUCUGGGGUCAACAAGAGAUCGCUGGAUACCAUUGAGAGGGCGGCCUUCUUUGUAACCUUGGACGACGAGGAGCAAGGCAUGAGGGGAGAUGACCCAGAGGGGAACUUGGACUGCUAUGCCAAGUCUCUGCUUCAUGGGAAAUGUUAUGACAGGUGA